AUGUUCAUGUGGUGCCUCUUGCUGUUUGGCUUUCAUUUUGAGGUGCUAAUCCAGCAUCUGUGCUUUCUCCAGCCUUCAUACACAGAAUUUGACAUCAGUGGCAAUGUCCUCGCUCUGAUCUUCAACCAAGGCAUGAUCUGGAUGGGCUCCUUCUUUGCUCCUAGCCUCCCAGGCAUCAAUAUCCUCCGACUCCACACAUCCAUGUACUUCCAGUGCUGGGCGGUGAUGUGCUGCAAUGUUCCUGAGGCCAGAGUCUUCAAAGCGUCCAGAUCCAACAAUUUCUAUCUGGACAUGCUGCUGCUCAUCCUCUUCCUGUCCACCAUGCCCGUCCUGUACAUGAUUGUCUCCCUGCCGCCGUCUUUCGAUUGUGGUCCCUUCAGUGGCAAAAACAGGAUGUUUGAAGUCAUUGGUGAGACCCUGGAAAAUGAUUUCCCAAGCUGGAUGGCGAAGAUUUUGAGGCAGCUUUCUAACCCCGGGCUGGUCAUUGCUGUCAUUCUGCAAGCUUUGGAGAACAAAAUGCGGAACAAGAAAAUGGCAGCUGCUCGAGCAG